UGAAGACUCAAAGAGUAUAAUAAGUAUGAAGACUGAAGUGUAAAUUUAUCAAAUAAAAAUAUGAAAUAAUUAUAGCAAGAGCAUGACUAUUGUUAAACAAGGACAUUUAUUUUCCGAAACAUGUCGUUUAUAAACGAUCCAGUAUUAAAUAUAAUAGUGGUGGGAUUCCACCAUAAGAAAGGUUGCCAGGUUGAACACUGUUAUCCUGAAUUAGUUCCUGGUCGUCCUUCAGAGCUUCCUGUGGCUUGGCGAUAUCUGCCAGCUCUGGCAUUGCCGGAUGGCUCUCACAACUAUCUCUCUGACACAAUAUUUUUCAGUUUGCCGGGAUUAACUGACCCGGCCCACACUGUGUAUGGUAUAUCAUGUUUUCGCCAAAUCCCUGUCGAGCAAGUAGCUCAAAAAACAGAAGAUAUGACAAGAAGCUCAGUUCAGAAAAGUGUUUGUGUAAUAUGCCGAGCCCCCCUCUUUGGUCGUCUUGCCAUCAAAAUGGAGUUAGUUGUGCGGGCAUGGUUCAUGCAGGGAGAUUUUUCACAAACUAAGCUACUAGAAGAUGCUUUCAAACAUUUAAACAGUUGUCCAGUCCAAAUUGAACAAACCUUGGAAGGAUUGUCUGUACAAAAGAUAGUAGAAAACUGGCGACAUAAAGCAUUAUUGCUGUUUAAAUUGUUACUGCUGCGCAGGAAAGUUCUGAUAUACGGAUCACCUGCAGGAUCCCUGUCCUCAACUUUGUUAACACUUGUGUCACUAUUGCCCCGCUGUUUGGAACAUGGAUUGUCACAGUCUGCUAAUGUGGUGUUAUCAAGGCCACUUUCUCCAGUGCCAGCAAUAGUGACAGAAGACACAAGCACAGAUGUUGUUGAUGCAAACACAGAAACAAUUAACGCUACACUUGUAAAUGGUGCAAAUCAAUUUGAGGAGGAACUAACACCAAAAGAAACUGGUAACAUGUUAGAGGAAAAAGAUAGAGUGAGCAGACAGAGUUUCGAUGACUCCCUGUUAUCUGAUGUUGUCGACAGACAGGAGUUGACGGCUGGGAGAGAGAAAUGCCAUAGCAUUGGUGAGAAAUAUAAAUCACAGAAAUCUAUACCAGAUGCACAGCAGAGUCCCACAAUGGCACGGGACAUGAGCGUCGAUGGAUUGUACAACCUUACAGGGCAGAUUGAUCAAGCAGAGUGCGGCUUCCCUUUACCUCUGUUCGAAGAUGGUUACAUCUGUUUACCUUAUCUGUCCCUGCAGUAUUUGGACUUGUUAUCAGAUCCUGCGGUUCAAGGAUUUGUUGUUGGCGCUUCUAAUGUGCUUUUUAAGCAGAAGAGACAGCUUUUCGAUGUACUGGUGGAGCUUAAUGAGAUGAGGAUAGAGACAGCGGACAUGGGUCUCCGAAGGCAGCUAGCCAUGGGCACGGAGGACCUCAGGUUUGCUGAUCACGUGGUGCGACACGCUUCCACACAGGGCGACGCGUGGAUACGCGAUCAGUUUGCUAGCUACCUGAUUUAUUUGAUGAGAACAUCAUUGUUGCCAGAGGGCAGCAGAGAAAUUGAAUCCUACAACUCUCAGUUUAUGAGUGCUUUUAAAUCAACCCCUGCUUACGAGAAGUGGUUGAAGUCUACCAACAAUGCUGAAAUAGAAUCCUUCAUGAACCUGCUACCUAUGCAUCCCUUCUGUGGACAGCUGUCAGUAGCUGAUAUGAAACUGAAGUUUGCCCAUACAAUGUCGACCACGGAAGGUGGGCGCAAGGUGACCGCGGCGGUUGCGAGCACGGGGCGUGCUGUCGCGAGCACGUCGCGCGCCGUGGGCGGGGCGCUGUCGCACGCCCGCGGGGCGCUGUCGGGCUGGUGGAGCGCGCUGACCACGCCCGCCUCCGCGCCCUCCACCGCCUCGGAGAACUCCCUCGACGACAAGCUCGACGUGUCUGACGCGGCCGACCCCUCCGACGCGGAGGACGCCGUCGAGAACCUCCACGACGACAACAGGACCCCCGACCCCGACGCGGACCCCCCGGACAAGGUCAUCGACGACCAAAGUAGCCGCGUCAGCAAAAUAACAGUCAUUUGAAGUGUGAUACUUAUCUAGUGAAUUUGUUAAUGUUUCCGCGUAGCGUAAGUCCGGGCAUUCAUAUGCGGGAUUCAACUGUGCUAGCGAUUGUCGAUGUAAAAGUGAUUUUAGUUUUACUAGUAUAUAGUAGUAUGACUCAGAUUCGUUGGUCCAGUGGUUAACCUAUCUGGAUUACGAAGGCCUGGGUUCGAGUCCAGGGUUGAGCGAUGUAUUACAACACUUUUCUUUCUUUUAGGAAGGAUUCAGUAAAAUUCUCAGGACUGAGUUGGUGUUACACCCCGUGUCUCGGAAAGCACGUUAGACUCGCCAAUCCACAUUAGAACAGAGUGGUGGGUCUGAGCUCCAUAGGCUUGGCCUUGUAGAGGACAGUUAAAAUGGUCUAAUACUGACGAUGAUAGCUGCUUGUGGCAUUAAGUCAUUAAAAAGAUAACCAACUUGUAUGUUAUAAGUGUCACUAGAGUCCAGUCGCUCAGAGAUUGCGUUUCUGACAGAUCGUGAUCGAUUGGGUGAUGUAACAUAAGAGAGAGAGAGACGAAAAAACAAGGCAAUUGUAAUUGAAUAUGAGCGGCUGAACUUAACCUCUCCAUUGUGUUGUGGUCCGAAACGGGCCAAACACUAUUGCUGUGCUUUGAAUUGUCGAUGUUGAGCAUAGUUACUGACAAAUUGUAGGAUAGGUCAUCUAUACUAAUAUUAUAAAAAGGGUAAAGUUUGUGGUAACUUCUGGACCAACUGAACCGAUUUUUAAAAUUCUUUUUCACUAGAAAACCACGUUAUUUGUAAGUGUCAUGGGCUGUAUUUUGGCUCCGUAUUAUCACAGUACUUGCAAAUUGCAGGAUAGGUCAUCUAUACUAAUAUUAUAAAAAGGGUAGUUUGUGGUAAUUUCUAGAUUAACUGAACUGAUUUUUAAAAUUCUUUACUACUAAAAAGCCACGUUAUUUGCGAGUGUCAUGGGCUAUAUUUUAGCUCCGUAUUCUCAGAGAAAUGGGAACUAGUAACAUAUAAGAGUAGGUUUUGGUUGUCAUAUUGUUAGUGUGCGCAACCCGCAAGGCGUUGGUUUAUACCACUUAGGGUUCAUUUACACGAGCAGCAACUGCGACGACUGCAGUCGACUGUAGUCGGCGACGUCUCGGUGGCAGUCAACGGCAUUCGGCUGCAAUCCACGGCAGUCGACUGCAGUCAACGGCAGUCAACGGCAUUCUACGGCAGUCUACGGCAGUCGACUGCAGCCGUCGGUAGCAGUUGCCAGCUGCCGUGCUGCUCGUGUUAAUGAAGGUUGGCUUUUCGCUAUAGAAACGUGCAUUUUAUGUUUUGUAUCUCGCAUAUGAGUACCCAGUGUGUAGCCAUUUUGUAAUCCACAGCGAGAUUGGGCCCAUUGUUGACUGUUUAGAAUCUUCAAAAAUAUUUUUUUUUUAUUUAUUGUUUUAUAUGACGUAGCAUAGCAUCGAUUUUAAGGUAGACAUUGUACAGUUCAGUGAGUAGCGUCAAUUUUUAUGAUACAAUUUGUGUUUUUCAAUAUAUUGGCUGAUGUGUUUCUUCUCGAAUAUAAACAAUCACUUGUAUGAAUUUUGAUAUAUAAAAUUUAAAUGUUCAAUACAUAAUUGGUAUGCAGUGAUGCUAAUCUUUAUCAUGACUGAAAGUAAAUUGUCUGUUACGUCCAAAAUUUCCGAUUCUACAUAUAAUCCUCUAGUUAUGAUAAUAAUAAUUUCAAGAUUUCUUGUAAAUAUGAAUUUCAUACAAUCAAUUCCAAUUUUUUUGUUCACAUUAUUUAUUAAACUAACUGCUUAUGCUGACUUCAUUUAUAGGAAAUCAAUAAUGAAAUGAAUAAUCAUAGUAUCACCAAUAUAUUGUAGAAAAUUUUAAUUAAGUUAUUGCCACGAUUAAGUUUAGUUGUUAUUGUAAUAGAAAAUAUAUUUUUUUAUAACUGUAGUCGAAAUCUUGAUUAUUUAAAUCAGCUAUUUUUUUUUUGUUGUGGCGUUUUUAUAGUAUAAGACUAGUCGUUUUGAAUGAGAUCCAAGUAUCUUUGAUAUAUUAGUGGAUAUAAUAUAUUCAUGUUAUUGUCAUCUUUGAUACAGGGAGUUGGCGUUAAUUAAUAUGUAAAACUUUACAUUUGUAACUAUAUAGUAAUAUUAUAUUUAACUGUCGUCGGCGACGUACUAAUUGUACUGCAGCUACUGUAAUUGUACAUCAUAUUAAAAAACGCUUUCGGAACCACAAAUAUAUCAAAAUUGUAAUUAGAAAAAAGUUCCAAAUAUAAUUUAACCAAUAUUCUAAUAGCAAAUGUGCGAAUUUUGGCCUAAAAUUCUCAUAAAACUGGAAAUACAUAUUUAUAGUCACACCACACAUGUCAUCGGUACACAGCGGUCAUGUGAUUUUGACGAGUCUCUUGACUAUCGCCAUAAGUCAAAAGCGUUAGACGAUGCCGCCUUCGAACUAUGGCGCAUUGUAAAAGACACUGUCAGCUAUUGGGUCGUGGACCAAGAUAUUUAUUUAAUUUGGUCUAGUAGGCCUAGGCACACCUUAAAGAUUGUACCAGUAUUGUAGUUCUUUAGUAAGACUUAUAGAGGACUUUUGACGGAGGUCCUGGGUUCGAUCCCCGGCUGGGCCGAAGUUUUCCUAAUUGGUUGAGGUCUGGCUGGUGGGAGGCUUCGGCCGUGGCUAGUUACCACCCUACCAGCAAAGACGUACCGCCAAGCGAUUUAGCGUUCCGGUACGAUGCCGUGUAGAAACCGAAAGGGGUGUGGAUUUUCAUCCUCCUCCUAACUCUUCCAUCUUAGACAGCAUCAUCACUUACCAUCAAGUGAGAUUGUAGGCAAGGGCUAACUUGUAAAGAGCAAUAAAAAAAGCAAAUUUGUUUCAUUAUUGUUCCUAAUGCCGUGGUUUGCCAUAAUUUUGAUAUUAGUGUGUUAAGUUUUAAAUCAUACAUGUAGUUAACUCUACUUGUAACAAAAUAUAUCAUUGAUUUAUAUUUUAGUUAGUAACAAUACCUUCACUUUAUAUGCAUAUUCUAUUUCUUUUUAGUGAAUUCUUGAAUAUGGAUACUUAAUCCAUAUUCAAGAAACCAUCUUUAAAUAGAAGUGUCCGCUGAAAUGUGUUUAAACUUUAAAUUACAGAGAAGGGUUUCUAAAGAAACUACCCUAACUACAUAGGGGGGUAUUUAGGGGAUGUUUAAUUACGGCUGCUGCCAAUACAAAUGACCUUGAACAAUAAUUUCCUAAUUAGAAAAAAGAGAAACACUGGUAUCUAUAUUUAAAAGCUUUGACUAUUUUAAUCAAAACCUGUAAUUGUAUGUGUAAUUCAGUGCGACAGUCGCAUGUCGCAGUUUUAUGGUCAGUCGUUCGUCGACGGCUUCGCCAAAACUCAAGUAGGGCGUUUAGUACAACUUCCAUUGAUUUAUUAUUGUGAUUUAAUUGAUUUUGUUAAUCUAUAGACAAGUAGUUGUAUACAAAUUGGAUGCGUUCUUAUAUUAACUUGUGAUCUCUGAUAUAUACUUAAAAAUGUUGAUAUUACUCUUAAUUUAUAGUAAAUAAAUUUAAUUUGAUUUCCA